AUGUCGACAGCGGAAAAGACAAAGACAAACGACCAGAUGGAUCGCUCGUUCCUCGAUGCGAGCAUCCCGGAGCUGCUCAAGCAGCUGACGAUGGAGGAGAAGAUUAGCUUGUUGGCGGGGAAGGACUGGUGGAACACUGUGCCAGUACCAAGGUUGAACAUCCCUAGCGUCAAGGUGACUGAUGGACCUAACGGCGCUCGUGGAGAAUCGUUCUACCACAUGUGCCCCGCCUCGGCUAUCCCAUGUGCAACCGCUCUCGGCGCGACCUUCUCCACAUCCCUCAUUGAGACCGCCGCCCAUCUCCUCGCCAAGGAAACCAAAGCCCGAAACGCGACCUGCCUACUGGCGCCUACCAUCAACAUCCAGCGCUCUCCCCUCGGCGGUCGCGCAUUCGAAUCCUACUCAGAAGACCCGACGCACUCGGGCCUCAUCGCCGCUGCGUACGUCAAGGGACUGCAGGACAAUGGUGUCUCGGCGACGAUCAAGCACUUCGUCGCGAAUGAUGGCGAGCAUGAGCGGAAUGGUGUGGACUCCAUCAUGGCGGAACGGACGUUAAGAGAGGUGUAUCUCCGGCCGUUCCAGAUUGCUCAGGCCAAGAGUCAGCCUUGGGCGUACAUGACGUCGUACAACAAGCUGAACGGCACGCAUUGCUCUGAGGACAAGUGGCUUCUCCAGGAUCUUCUCCGAGGCGAGUGGAAGCACGACGGCCUCGUCAUGUCGGACUGGUUCGGCACAUACUCUGUCUCGGAAUCGAUCAACGCCGGCCUCAAUGUCGAGAUGCCCGGCCCGACCGUCUGGCGCGGUUCCCACCAAGUCAACCACCUGAUCCGCGCACACAAGAUCAACCCCCGGGCCAUCGACAAGGUCGUCGGCGAGACUCUCACUUGGGUGCAGAAGCUUACCAAAGCCAACACCGAGCUCGUCUACGCCAAGCCGAGCAAGGAGAAGACGCGCUCGUCCGAGCAGACAGAGGACGCCAAGGUCAUUCGCAAGCUCGCAGCGGACGGGACGGUCCUGCUCAAAAAUGAGAAGGAGGUGUUGCCUAUCCAGGGCAAGCGGAAGGUGGGGAUCAUGGGACCUAACGCCAAGGCCAAGGUGCUUACGGGCGGUGGGUCGGCUCAGCUCCGUUCGUUAUGGAGCCAGUCCCCAUGGGAGGGGUUGGAGGCGAACAAGCCGGAAGGAGUGGAGCUCGAAUACACCCUCGGCGCGUACACGGCCAAGUUCCUCCCUGUUCUGGACGAGAACUUCACCGCCGCUUCCGGAAACAAGGGGUUCGACCUCAAACACUACCCGCUCAAGGACGAGGAGAUGUCGAUCGAGGGGUCCGAGCCGGCCGUGACGGAGGAAUGGGACGAGUCUUCCAUGUUCAUGGCGGAGGGCUUCCCUCAGCUUGGGCCGCAGUGGCUUACCGAGCUCACCUCGACCCUCACCUCUCCUAUCGAUGGCGAGUACGAGUUCUCGCUCGCGGUCACUGGUCAGGCCAAGCUGUGGGUGGACGGGGAGUUGGUGGUCGACAAUACGGUGGAGCAGGUCAGGGGGACCAGCUUCUUCAACUGCGGGACGGUUGAGGUCAAGGGGAGCGCCAAGGUCCAGAAGGGCAAGACCUACCAAGUCCGAGCUCUGCACGACGCUCGCGCCGGCAAGUUUGCCAAAGCAGGCGCCAAUACCCCCUUCCGAAUCGUCGGUAUCCGCGUCGGCGCCUUCCCCGUCUUUGACGCCGACCAAGCUAUCGAGGACGCCGUCAAACUCGCCAAGUCGGUCGAUACCGCCGUCAUCGUUGCGGGCCUCAACGCCGACUGGGAGUCGGAGGGGUACGACCGUCCUACCCUCUCUCUUCCCCUGCGGUCGGACGAGCUCAUCUCCCGCGUGGCCGCCGCCAACCCCAAUACCGUCGUCGUGAUCCAAGCCGGCUCGGCCGUGUCCAUGCCAUGGAUCAAUGACGUCGCGGGCGUCGUGUACGCCUGGUACGGCGGGAACGAGACCGGCAACGCCAUCGCCGAUAUCGUCUACGGGUCCGUCAACCCCUCGGGCCGUCUCCCCAUCUCCCUCCCUGUCCGAGAACAGGAUAUUGCCGCCUCCCAGAACUUCAAGUCGGCGCGCACCAAGAUCCACUACGAAGAGGGUAUCUGGGUCGGGUACAAGCACCACAAUGCGCGCGGGAUCGCACCGCUCUUCCCGUACGGCCACGGUCUUUCCUACACGUCGUUCGCGUACUCGGGUCUCAAGAUCACGGGCCAGCCCAAGGAGGGCGUCACGGAUGCCAAGGACUGGAUGAUGGACGUCGAGGUGACGGUGGAGAAUACGGGCAAGAAGGCGGGGAGCCACUCGGUCCACUUUUACACGUGCCCGCCAAACGAGACGGAGACGGGUCUGCGUCACCCCAGCCAUUCACUUCAGGCGUUUGGAAAGGUGGAGAAUCUCCAGCCGGGCAAGAAGGAGACCGUCAAGGUUACUUUGGACAAGUACGCCAUCUCGCACUGGGACGACCUGUACAAAACUUUCCGGGCGGAGCAGGGCGAAUGGACCAUCAAGAUUGGGCGGGACGCGCAGACGCUCGAGGGCGAGGUCAAGUUCACCAUCGAGGAGGAUCUCGAGUGGAGGGGUUUGUAG